GCACGAUGUGGCAACGCCGCCUUAGUUGUCUGCACGUUUUUGAAAGCCGGCCAAUCUGAUUCCAAAACAAAGGAAAUCCUUUAAAAAUCCAGGAUGUUUAUGAACUCCAACCUUUUUGAACCGGGCAAAUCGAAGCCGGAGCGGAACUUUAUCCAAUUGGCGGUGAAGCAGAACCAGCGCUUCGACGGCCGGCGCUCCAACGAGUGUCGCGAUGUGGAGGUGGCCUUCGGCGAGGAUUGGGGCACUGUGGCGGUGUCCCUUGGCGAUACGAAGGUCCUGACCCACGUGUCCUGCGACCUGGGAGCACCGACCACAUCCCGGCCCAACGAGGGCAAGCUCCAGCUGAACGUGAACCUCGGCGGCGUGGCUUUCUUAGACGAAGUGCAGACCACACAUGAGCAGCGAUCCCUCACCUUGAAUUCCCUGCUCGAGAGGACCUUUCGCAGCUCCAGGUGCGUCGACCUGGAGUCCUUGUGCGUGGCUGCCGAGCAGCAUGUUUGGUGCAUUCGCGUGGACAUCAAUGUGCUCAAUCACGACGGGAAUCUUUAUGAUGCCAGCACCAUAGCCACCUUGGCUGCGUUAAUGCAUUUCCGUCGACCAGAUGUGACGUUUGCUGACGAUGAGCUGCGUAUUUAUACGGAAAAGGAGCGGGAAUUCAUUCCCCUGCUAUUCCUCCACUAUCCCGUGAGUGUCACCUAUUGCAUUUACAAGAGCAGCAACCAGCCAAUUGUGGAUCCCACGCUGCUCGAGGAGAACGCCGCCGAUUCGGUGAUUGUACUGAGCUUCAAUUCGUACCAAGAGUUGUGCACACUGAAUGCCGGAGGCACUGCACCCACGAAUGUCCGGACCAUUAUGCAAUGUGCCCGCAAUGCGGCGAUUCGGGCCAAGGCCCUGGUAGAUUUCAUACGCAAAGCCCUGUCGCUGGACGAAGAGCGUCGGUUGCAGGGCAGUCGAUUGAUCCAGGGACUGGCGGCUCUCAUCGGGGAAACGCCAUACAAGCUGAGCUUUAGCAAGUUGAUGGGCCAGCAAAAGCUGGAACUGCAGCCGUCGCUAAAUGACAAAAUGGAGGUAGAUAACAAAUCCAUUUCAAAGCCGGAGGUCGAGGAGAUGCAGGCAAUGGUAGAGCCGUCCAAACCGGAGACAGUGAUAGAUACCCCCAUGGACACCAGCAGUUGGCUGCCCCAGGAUGAGGACUCCCAGGAACUGCCCAUGCCCGCAGAGGCAUCCACGUCGAAGGCAGGCAAGGGUAAACCAACUCAGAGCAAAAGCAAGGCCAACAAAAAAAAACUGGCGAAGAGACAAAAUCAAAGCGACUCGGAGGAGGAAGCCAAGCAAGUCAUCUAGCCGAUAUGAUAAUCGUGUAGUUAAGUGAAAAUGCUUUCUAUUAAGUUUUAUUUAGGCUUAAAUGUAUGGCUAAAAUCAGUCUAGGCUUUAACAGAAAUCGUGUAAUGUGGAAUUCCAAUUGAUGUUUGGAAACGAUGUUCGUCUUAGUUAGGCUUAAACUAGAGCUCUAAAUAUAUUUUCAACCCGCCUGGGCAAACGAGA